AUGCAGAAACUGAGAGACAGUGAACGGGAAGUGAUCAAGCUGAAGGCUGUUGAAAUUGAAUAUCGUCAGGCAAAGGAAAGAUUGGAUAACAACCAUAGAGAGUUGGAAUGUCUUCGAAAGAGCCUGAAAGAAAAGGAUAUGCGAUGCCGCAAACUUGAAGACCACAUCGAGGAAAUUAAACAAGAGUUCCGUCAAGAGAAAGCCAACUUUGAACGGGACUUGAGCAAAAUGAAAGAAAAAAUGGAUGACUCUGCUGACACGAUGAGCCAAUCGUUGACCAGUGACAUCUCGUCAAUUCUUAAUGGAAAGAAUGCCAUAAUCAACCAACUGGAAGAGAAAUUGAUCGAGAGCCAUAACAAGAUUGAAGAAAUUAGCGAAGAGAUGCAGGAAGAGAUUGAGAAAGGUGCAGCUCUCAGACCUCAACUGGAUGCUGCUCUCAAAGAGAACUUGUACCUCAAGGAACGACUGGAUGUUUUGGAGAACACUUUGAUGUCUCUCCAGAAAAAAAUGGAAACUGAUGAAAAAGAAAAGUUGGUGCUUAAAAAGCAAGUAGAAGAACAACAACGUGAGGGUCAGAAUUUAUUGUCCAAACUUGAAGUCGAGCACAGGGACAAUGCUGAUCUCCAAGAAGAAAACGCUGACCUCAAAAACCUGAUGAUCAAUCUGAAUGACCAGCUCCAGGGUCAUCGCACAGAUGUUGACCAGCUCGUAGAACAGGCACUUCAAGAAAAGGAAGGCAUCUACAAGCAGAAACUGUCUGAAAUAUCGACCAGCUUGACCAGUGGCCGUAGCCUUGUGAGCAUGGUAAAUUCUUUGUUGAGCCAAAUAAUGGAUACUCAAAAGAAAGAUUAUAGCCAUGUUCUUGCUUCUGCUAUUUCUUCGGCAGCUGAUCUUGAGAGCUGCUUGUCAACUGCCCAGUCUGUGAUUGAGGAUCUCCCUCCCUUGACCAAAUCAGAGGCUGCAGAGCAGGGCACAGCUGCUAAAGAGCAAUCGGAAAUUGUUUUGAUAAAGUUACAACUCGAUGAGGCCACAAAGGAAAACGCGAAUCUACACAAAGAACUUCAUGAUGCUUACAGCGAUUUCAGUCGAUUAGAAGCAGAAGACAAAAACUCGCGGGAACGGGCUGAAUUAUUGGAAAAUGACUACAACCGCAAACUGAAUGAACUCUCAAGAAAGAUUGAUGACCUUAAUAGUAAAUUACAUUUUACUGGAGGAGAAAGCCGUUCUGGUGGACAUCACAGUUCAUCACCGCACAACUUUGAAAGCCAGCUUGAAGAUUUAGAGAAGCGAAUCCAUUAUGUUGGGAAUGUGAUGAAAUCUCAGCAGAUGCAGUCAAAAGUCUUGAACAGGCAAUUAUUGCACUCAUGUGGUGAUGAUGAUGAUGCUAGUAACUUGUCUGAAGACUCUGAGACUUCUGAGGAAUUGUCAGAUGAAGAAUUUGAUUCUGAGAUUGAUGAUAUUGAAGACGACGAUAAUGCCAGGAUUAUUUCCUCAUUGAGACACAUGAAUAGUCAAGUGAGCUCCACCAACACGAGGCUGCAUGAUGUUACCCAGAAUUUGUCAAAGAGCAGCACGGGAAGUGGUUCUUCUCCAAAGAAAGCUGGCCUCCAAGAACGCCUUCAUUCCUGUGAGCAAAAGGUCUGCCACUUGACAAAUCAGUUAUGGAUGGAAAAUGAAUUUGCUGAAAUCCCUGAAGGAAAAACAGUCAAUGAAAUCAAACUUGCAUUUCACAGUUGUUUGACUUGUGUCCAGAGUAAACUUGUUGUGGUGAACGAGGAGGCAAGCGAACAUCAAACGGAAACACAACGAUGUGAACAAGUUAAGCAGCUGACCCGAAAUAUUGCCAUGCAAAAAUAUUAUUUCAAUGUCUUAAUUGAUGAAGUCAAGCAGAGAAUUUCUGACCCUAAACUGAUGCAAAAAAUUGAGCACUUCCAACAAAAUCUCCAGUUUCCUUCGAGUGAUAAGCACGAACAACAAAUGGCUCAGUUGAUGAAAGAAAAAGAUGACGCUUUGGCUCAAGAAGCAAAAUUAACAAAAGCCGCACUUGAAUCUAUGAGCAAAGCUUAUGAAGAUAAUCUUGAAACCGAAAAGAACAAAUUCAGAGAAGCUUUAAAAACAAUGUACACAGAAGAUUAUGUGAAUGAAAUUAGGCGUCAUCAUGAGUAA